AUGAAGUGCUGUGCAGUGCGGCAGAUAUUCGCCGUCGUACACGGAACUGCGUUGUUGCCGUGUGACAUUGCGCCACCGAUACCCCACGAUCCUCAGGACACUGUCAUACUGGUGGUUUGGUACAGAUAUGAAAAAACUGCGAUAUAUAGCGUGGACAUCCGAGACAAGUUUACAGAUCCAAACAAGUCGCAUUGGAAGGACGAGUCGUUGGAAGGCAGGUCGCACUUCCGAAUGCUAUCCGAACCGGCUAUGUUAACCAUCGAUAACGUAUCGGAAAUGGAUGCCGGAAUUUACAGAUGUCGAGUAGACUUUCGGAAAUCGCCGACCAGGAACUCCCGACUGAACCUAACAGUUAUUGUGCCUCCGCAGAAACCGGUCAUCCUGAGCGAGUACAACGAGGAGAUAGAACACACAGGACCGUUCUACGAAGGCGAUCGGGUGAAAUUGACAUGCAUGGUAUCCGGAGGUCGCCCGGAACCAAAGGUCAGAUGGUGGCGGGGAGAGACUUUGAUGGAUACCGGAAACGAAGGAAUUUCCGGACAAUUCACAGCGUCAUCAUCGUCGGUGAAACAAAACGAACUGACCAUCGAAGCGCUGGGACGGUACGACCAGGGAGCCGUGUACACUUGCCAGGCUUCAAACAGCAACUUAUCCGCCCCCGUCAGCGCCAGCGUCACCAUCGAAAUGUACCUCAAACCGUUGAACGUGCAAGUGCUCAGCAGCAGGCAGCCGCUUAGUUGCGGCCGGACAUACGAGGUGCAGUGUCAAGCGGUGGGCUCCAAGCCGCCGGCCAACGUGACGUGGUGGAAGGACAAUGAGAGGUUGACCAAUGCUACGCAGACCGUAUCACCAGAUGGCAACGUAACAUCGUCCACUUUGACUUUCCAACCAACAAAAUCAGAUAAUGGUAAAUCAUUGGUAUGCCGAGCCGAAAACCAAAACGUACAACAGUUGGAAGAGAUGGUUGGUGGUAAAGUGGAAGACCUGUGGACAAUUGAUGUGCAUUACGUUCCGAUAUUGAAACUGGCCUUGGGUAUCAACAUGAAUCCGGCAGACAUUGAAGAAGGAGAUGAUGUAUAUUUCGAGUGCAAGAUCGAUGCCAACCCACCCGCUUACAAAGUGAUUUGGAAGCAUAACGGUCAAGUGGUCCAGGGAAAUGUGAAAAGCGGCGUGAUUAUGAAUCAAAAGGACCUGGCACUUCAAAACGUCAAGAGACAGCAAGCAGGGAACUAUUCGUGUUUGGCUAGCAACGUGGAGGGAGACGGCGAGAGCAACGUCGUUCGGCUAACAGUCAUGUACAAACCGGUGUGCAGGCACAACCAGAAACUGACGUACGGAGUGGCCCGGAACGAGAACACGGAAAUUGUAUGCGAGGUAGAUGCAUAUCCGGCACCGGACGUUUUCAAGUGGACGUUCAAUCGGACGGGCGGCGUGGCAUCUGAAAUCGGUAGCAACGAGGUGGUCCAACACACCCGCCCUGGUGGAAGCGAAACUGGAAGUGGCAGUUCGUCAUCCGGCAAGCGUGGCAGACUUUCGUCGGUGCUCACUUAUAGUCCUUCAGUCAUGGGAAUGAGCAGCGGCGUUGGAGGUAGUGGAAAUGGGGGCAACGUUGGAGACAACGAUUACGGAACUGUCACUUGCCGAGCAUCGAACACCGCCGGACAGCAAAUGGAGCCUUGCGUUUUCCACGUGAUCGCAGCCGUGAGACCUGACCCGCCUUUCAACUGCACUUCCGGUGACCCGACACUAUCCUCAGUGCACGUGUGGUGCACGCAAGGGUUCGACGGGGGCGUCGCUCAACGCUUCGCGCUGGAGGCGUACGACUCGGCUGGCCGAGCCGACGGAGGGUCGUCUGGUCCGGACGACGGAUACGGUGGGCCCGCGGUGGCCGCAGACGGACCGGCGCCACCCAUGUUGGCCAACCUUACGGCCGACCGACCGGACUUCACGCUCCGACAGCUGUCGCCGUCCGUCGGGCUCCGGUUGGCCGUGUAAGCGUACAACUCGCGCGGCACCAGCGACCGCACGUGGCUUACCGCUUACACACUCAACUCGGCCGACAAGCAGACCACUUCCGGUUCGUCUGCCGUAGGAGCCGGUGGCAACGACCGUUUCCGGCUGACGCCAGUGGUGGCCGGCCUCUUGGCCAUCACCAUUGUGUCAGCCGUGGCCGCAGCUGCGGUGAUGUGCGCGCUCCGUGUGCGAUCUCAGCGGCACCGGAACCAGCGUCGGCAAGACUUGUGCGGGGCCGGAACUGGCAGUGUUAUGGGAGGAGGUAUUGGCGGUGGGGCUGCCGUUAUCGCUGUGUGCAAGCAGAAAGCGGACGAUGACGACGACGAGUACGCAGCGGCGGCAUCCGACCCAGACAAAAAUCCAGACCUUAUCCCGCCGACAAAAAUCAAAAGCGGAAGCAGAGGCAAUAUCGGAUACCGUGUUGUCCAACAACAGCCGAUGAUGGGAUUAAAUGACGACGAUGAUGAAAACUUGGAUGCUGCCGAAUCAUCAGACGAUGAACGAUCCGGUUACCCGACACUUCCGGUCGACGGUAUUGGCUCGCGCCCAUCCGUCAGUUCAAUCCGAAACCCCGCUACAUCAAUUGGCCCCGGUUAUAACAACAACGGUUAUAGGCCUGAACAACAUAUGUCGACAACCAUAGCGGUAUCAUCCCGGUUACCACCUUACCAUCAUCGGGAAAUCGUUACGGUUCGAACUCCAUUGAUGUCUAGCCAACAGGAAAGCUGCGUUUAAAUAUUAUAUUAUUACAAACAUGUUUUCGUAUGAUAAUAUUGUUUUAUGUAGUGUGUAUAGCUACAUAAAAUGCAUAGUCCUAUAGUCCUAAUUAUUAUUAUCAUUAUUAUUAUUAUCACUAAUAUUACCCAAUAUUAUUAUAAUUAUUAAUUGUAUUGUGAAUGUAUUUUGUUAAGAACUUCCUAAAUGUAUAUUAUACAAAGAUUUCUCCUCCAUUUAUUUUUCCCCUGUUCGUUUCUAACAUUUGUACUCAUGUUGCAUCCAAGUGUUUGUCAUUUUAAAUUCUACUGAAUAAAUUUUUGUAUAAUAAUUGCCAGUCUAUGGUCUUCUAAAUUGGUUUUUGAACUACUUCAUACUGAAAUUUUGAAAUUUUUUACUGGAAUGUCUUAAUCACGACAAUGAUAGUUAACAUAUAUUGGAAUAAAAUUGUUAUUAUCAAUAUUAUCUGUUUCUUAAUUCAUAUUAUCUCAUGAAACACUAUGUAAUGCUUCUGACCUUCAAGUUUAUUAAUUAUACGUCAAAUUUAGUACGAAAAUUGUUUAGGUUAGUGUGACGCACCAGCUGAAACAUAGCGUAAUAAUUCAGUUCGUUCGUGUUAGUUUCGUUGUACUAAAUCAAAAUCGUGUGUAACUCAACAAUUAUUUCAAGUUGACGGUUUUUAUUUUUUAAAUCAGAUUCCAAUACCCGCUUAAUUUUAACAAUUUUUUUCGUACAAAUAUCUUUUUUAUAAACGUGGUACCAAUCUUGGAAACGUCCUCCAUAAUACUACAACAUGUGUUGAAUGUGAGGCGACUAGACGAAUUCCUUGCAACUUCAUUUUAAUAUUUAACUAUAUCAAAUUUAAUCUAACCAUGUAAAACUGUAUAAUAAUAAUAUCUAUAUUAUAACAUCUAUAGUGUGUAAUUUACUAAAUUACCAAAACUGCUGGUUCUUUGCAGGAGGACAGUAGUUGUUAAGUGUUAUAAUUUUUGUAAAAAAUGAUUUUCAAAUUAUAAGUGUUUAAAUUUAUUAUAUUUAUGGCUAGGUAAUAAUAUUGUUGUUGUUUGUAUUUAUAAAGUUGGAAAACAAUUGUUGAAAUAAAAUUGUCAUUGAUUCGCGCACCAGCGACGUCGUUAGUCUACUGAGAGAUAAGGUAUGACAUUUAAAAAAAUGUGUAUAAACUUUUUAUUAUUAUUGAUAUAAAUAUUAUUAUAUUUGAUGUAAAUAUUUAAUAAUAAAUAUCGGUAUCAAUAAAGAUAACGAGUUACCCGUAGUUAUUAUUUAUUUAUAGGUAUAAUAGUUUAAUUAUAUACCUAAACAAAAUAUUAAUUAUGAUAUAUUAUAAUACAUUUUUACAUUAAAAACAC